AUGGCUUAUCUCGGCGAUACAAGUCAAAUAUUGGUAGAUACUACAUAUGUUUUUACAACUGAUCAAAAAAUUGCUACACCAGAUGAUGUUCUCACAUGGGCUCGAGAUGUUGGAGAUGCCAACAAAAUUGGUAUUAUCAUUACUCGGUCAGAUAAAGAGAACGGAAUAAGAGGAAGAAAUGACAAGUUAAUUUUGGGUUGUGACAAAGGUGGAAAGUAUGACUCUUCAGAAAGUUCCACUGCAUCAAAAAAGUGUAACUGUCCAUUCAAAAUUAGAGUCGCACCUUCAACAGAUGGUUCAGGAUGGAAUGUUCAGGUUAUUCAUGGAGUUCACAACCACGGGCUACCUGACCAAUAUCAUGGUCAUCCUCGCAAGGCACAUUUAACCGCUGAUGUAAACAAACGUGUUGAAGAUUUGACAAAGAGUCAUGUAGCACCAAGGCACAUCGUUUUAGAUUUGAAAGAUCAAAAUCCAGAGUCUGUUGUUGAUGCCAAGCAUGUAUAUAGGAAAAGACACAUGAUGCAAAAAGAGGAAAGAGACUCCAGAACAGAGCUGCAAACACUUGCUGUAGUGGUUAGAUGA